UAAAUUUGUGGAUAAAUAGACAGUAGUUUCAGCGCUUAACAGUCGUAGUCAUUUGAACACCACAACGAAAAGGUGAAAAAAAAAUAUAACUGGGAAAAAUGUUUGUCGCAAAAUGUGCUAUUGCUAUAGCUCUGAUAAGUCUACUCUCCAUUUAUGGAGUCGAGAUGAAAUGCCCACCCGAACAAGAUUCGCAGUCAUUGGAUUUGGAACAGUUUCAGGGAAAUUGGUACAUGGUAGCUGGUGUUUCAUUAAGAAGAGGUGGUCAAACUAAGUGCAGCCGAGUAGUUGUAGUACCGGAUUCCGAAAGUUCAUUUUCAAUGAAAUUUUCAUCAGUUGAUGUUGCAACAAAUAGCACCAUCAGAUUUGUAAUAGAGAGCAAAACUGAUGAUGAUAUCACCGGGUUUCUUAAAGGAUUGUCAGGAAAUAUAGGACCAAUAAAACACAGAUUAAUUGCAGCAGAUUAUGACUCAUAUGCCGCAAUUGUUGGGUGUUUUAAUAGAUAUAAUAAUAAAAAUCAUGAGGAACCUACAUUCUCAAUGAUUCUGUCUCGUUACAAAACAUUGCCUUUGCCGAUAUUGAAUCAUCUUAAAUUCAAACUUAACCAAUACGUUGGUAAAAAUGAUAAAAUAAAUGACAUAGAUCAAAGUUGUUAAUCCUAAUUUUCAUAGGAUUGACUCGUUUAAGUGUUUAAUUAUGAAUAUCAUCUAACUUUUUGUAAUAGUGAAUGUGUUUUUUGUAAUAACUGGUCGAGAAUCAAACUUUUACAUUUUAAAUUUGUAAAAUAAUAUAUACUAUGCAAUGAUUAUAACCUUCUUCGAUAAAACUUUAAUUGAUUUUAAUGAAAUUCGUUCGGAAUUUGUACGGGAGCAUCUUCAUCUUGCUAACGUUUAUGGUAAUUAGAAAAUAAAUUAUUGUGUCUGUAUAUUUUUAAGUGUUGUGGAUAGAAAAAAUGUUUUUUGAAGUUGGUGUCAUAUUUCUUGAAUAAAUUGAAAUAGUUGAGCUAAUUUAACAGCAAUCAAUGAAUUAAUUUUGAGACUAAAUUUAAUUUGAAUUGUGAGACUAAUCAAACCGGUGCACAUCAACAAAUAAAGAGUAUUUUCGAAUUUCAGAAAAUUUGAACCUUGAGUUGAUCAUUUUUUGCGCUCUAAAAGAAUUUGGGUACAAAAAAAUUUCUACCUUCGGACCUCGUUCUUGGGCAUAGUUCUGCUAUAUAAUAUAAGAGUCCAAAACUCUUCAAAAUUGGGUUAAAAUUUUUUUUUUUUUUCUCAAACCAGCAAAAUUCUCAAAUCGAAUUAUUUUGCUUUAAAAAUUUAGCAAAACCUGCCUAGCCCACACUUAGAGAACAAUUUAUUUGAGCCGAAUAAGAUAUGAUUCAGGCAAAUAAAUCCCAUAUUUGAAUGCAAUCAAUACUUAUUUGAGACAAAUAUAUGGUUCAUUUGAAUGAAAUAAUGAUUUGUUCAUAGUUAACAAAUUUGUAUUUAAAUGGUGGCACUGUAGCGCCAUUUGUUAGCUACUAUUUAUUUGGCUCAAAUUAUAAAUUGUUCUCUCAGUGCAUACGGGAAAUAUAUAUCCGGGCAUAUAUGCCGGCAAAAUAGCAUACACUGUAAAAAAUUUGAUGGACCCGUGUAGUUUAAAAUGCCUCGGUGUAAAAAUUUUGGUGCGAAAAUUACACCGAAUCCCGUGUAAAAUUUAGGUGAUGUGAAUUUUUAUUUUUUACACCGCCAAACGUGUAAAUGUAUAAACGUGCAAAUAUCUUGACACACAUGCACACAAGAGCGUACACACGCGAGCUCACACACGCGUGAGCUCGCGCAUUUACAUACGAGGACACACACGUGAGCUCUCUCGCGUGAGGUCACACACAUGAGAUCACUCACACACACACGUGAGGUCACACACAUGUACACACACGAGCGCACACAUGCACACACACGAGCAAUAGCAAGGAUAUAAGUUUCAUAUAAACUAUUUUGCCCGAAAUAUGUUCUUUAAAAUAAAUUCUUAUAAAAUAAGAAAACAAUCUUCAUUUCUAUUUUUAUUUUUUUAACACCUCGUAAUCUAUUAAUUUGAUGUAUCUUAAAAAUUAAUAGGCCCGAAGCCUUAUCAAUAAUAAUAAAUUUUAAUCGUCGUAAAAACUAGCCAAAGUAGUGAGAUUAAAUUUUGUGUGUACACACAUUAAUCAUACUCAGACACAUCUAUGCUCACAAUCACACAAACAGUAUUCACGGUUGCUCUGAUAACAAUACAUAAACAUCUGUUAAAACAUCGAUUUUAAAAAGUUAGAUCGCAGUCAAUAACCUUUUUUUUUCAAUAAAUAUCAAUUUUGACAUCAGAAUAUAUUAAGACACAGAAAAAAAAAAUUUAUAAUACAAAAAAAAAAUGUUAUCUUUAUUCCAUUUGAUAAGACUACUCCAAAUAAUAAAAAAAAAAAUAUUUUGUAAAAUAAUAAACCAAAAUUUAUAAGAAAUUCAAGUAUAUUAUCAAUAAAUAUAAGGCCUAGAUAACAUUAUUUUUAUUGUUGAAUCAUUAAAAAAUUCCCAAACAAUGUAAUGCGUAAAAAAAAAAAAAAUCCCAGAUAAAAAUUACCAAAGAAAUUAUAUCAUGAUAAUUACGAAAUUGGUGUAGUUAUUAUUUGUUUCGCUGCAAUUAACUAUUCUUUUUUUCUAAUUUUAAUUUCAAAAUUACAUUACGUAAAUGUAGACGCGCAUUAACAUUUACACAAAAUUUCGGUUAUUAAUUAUAAGUAAUUAUAAUAAGGGUUCAUUGAACUCCAUUAUUUUUAAGUAUUUGUGUAUUCCCUAGAAUUCAAACAAAAUAUUGUAUCAAAAAUUCUCGGGUUUUUUUUACUUAGUGGAAAAUUACAGCCAUUAAAAAUACUGUCGUGAAAACUUCUAUCAUACCAUUAAAUAUGUAUAUUAUAUAUGCAUGAACAUGAAAUAAAAAAAGUGAAGCUAUAAAAUAAAAUGUAUCCAAAAAUAGUAUAUUCGUUUGGUGUAUGAUUAAACCAGAUAAAAAUUACCAAAGAAAUUAUAUCAUGAUCAUUACGAAAUUGGUGUAUUUAUUCUUUGUCUC